AAUGGAUUCAUCAGCAGAUGAUUUUGAGGUUGUUGAUGCUACAAAUGAUGCAUAUGAUGAAAGAGAAGGAGAAAGAUCUUCAAUGAAAAGUGAGGAGCUCUGUGCAGGAGAAGAAUUCAGAUCCUCCUUACAACUCUCAUUCUCAGGGGAAGACCAGUCAAAAAAUGUCACUCUGUCUCUGAAAGAUUUAGAUCUAGCUGACUUUAUUCUUGAUGACUUGUCACUAGAUGGAAGUGAUCAUGACUCUGAGUUUAGUUUUGUAGAAAUGCCAAAGGCACAUGAUACAGAAAUAGAACUGGCAGCAGGUGAAGAUUUUGCAACAACACCAGCAUCGUCAGCGUGGAGUCUGCUGGACAGUGAUUUCACAUCUGACAGUGACAGAGAACUUCCAGAAUCAGAAGGAAGUAGUUCCUGUUUAGCUAGUGAUGAUGACAUAGAAAUACAAAAGGAAGAGGCAUCACCUAGUGAUGAUGAAUUGGAGCUGCAAAAAAAGGAAGAGAAAGUUCCAAAGACAGACUCACGCAAGGCAAACAAAAGGAGCCCAAAGAAAAAACGGAGCAAACAAAGGACAAAAACAGAGCAAAGCAUGAUAAAACAACUUUUUGGUGAACUGAGUGUGUGCCAAAAUGAGGAGGAUGAUAAGCUGCCAGAUUUUGUAGAGUCUGGAUCUGCUCCAACUGUGUCAGAUAUUCCAAGCCUGGUAGACUUGUGCAUGAGGAAGAUCCAUCUUUAUCGGAAACGUCAUCAGAUAAAAAAAUUCAUAAAAUCCUCAUGGUUUCCUGUUGGGAUGAGACAAACCAUUUUGUCUUCCAAUUUACAAUAUUCGCUUACUAAAUCUUAUCUUUUAUGGCUUCAGCAGAAUGUGUCAGCCUUUGAAUCCUGGAUGAUUGAGGAUAAGAAAAAGGGAUAUACAAGAGACGAUGACAGGAUCAAGUUUUCAUUUUGCUUUUUAAGCAACCUUUGGAAGGAUGAAGAGAGUGCCAAUUCUGUGUUAAUUGAGGCAUGUUUUGACAAAAGGAUAAAUGAUGAUUACAUUUUCUAUGAUAAGAGGGAAUAUUAUUUGGUCUAUGCAACAUUGAUGAAUUUUAUGAUGGAAAAUACCUCUAAGUAUGUUGAAGAUAAAGGAUACAGUGGGAGAAAAUUUUUGAGAGCCAAGGGAGUUACUGGAAAUACCCAAAGCAAACAGCUAGCAGUUGUACAUCAAUUCUUGAAAUCAAGGUACCCUCAUAUGACUGAAGUUUACUUUGAGAAAAGUGUCCCCUAUGUGUACUGGGCCCGAGGAAAGUACCGAGAAUCCCUACUGGCUUUUGUCAAACUUUACAAAGAGGGAUCUCUGUCUGAUAAGGAAAAGCUAUUCAUCAUUGGAGAAAUAGGGAGGAUGUAUGCCAUGAAGUAUGAACCAGAAAAAGCUGUCAGAAUGUAUCGUCUCCUAGGGAAUUGUCUCAUACAGGCUAGGCCAUCUGAGAGUGAAAUGACCGAGUGCCAGACUUUGAUACUCAUAGCAGACCUCCAAAAUCAGGGUGUAUUGACUGAAAGCAAGGCAAGGAACUUUCUGUCAUCCUGGAAAGCCGUAUUCAGAGUUUGUCUCACCAGCAGGUGUUCCGAUCUCUAUCUGGAGACAGCAGAGUCACUUCUGCGUUUGCAUUUAGGGCAUCUACAGGUUGGAAACCAUUUGGAAAUGAUGAAAUGUGUUUUAAGGGAAUACAGCAAGCACAGUCCCAAAAUUUGGUAUCAUCUUGCAUUUUUGAAUGCCAUCAUGGGGCACUCUAAAUCCUCAGACAACAGCUAUGGGGAAUUCUAUAAAUGUUUUCAGGGACCAGAUGCAGAUGUUGAUGAAGAGGCUAGAAGAUCUAUUCCUGGAAUGCAGAUGGUUGAUAUCCUUAGGGAGAGAAAGCUGGCACUGGUGCACCAAAAUUAUGAUCCCCUACAGUUGGCAGUUCAGAACCCAUUCGAACCCUUAAUCUCAUUAGGUGGAGUUCCAGUUAUGAAAGUGAUAUGGAGACGUCAAUUUCACUAUUCCUCGUAUUAUACUGAUCAUGAUCAUGAAGUCUGUAGUGGAUUUGACAUCUCCAAUCCUGAUUUGAAGCUGAGAAUGACCAAAGAUGGCUUCAUCACGGGGGACUGUUCUAUGAUAUAUCCACCAAUAGCAAACAUUCUACUGAACCCACAUACAGGAUCCCUGACCUUUAAACCCGAUUCUCCUGGAUUGAAUGCUUGGAAGAUGUUCCCCUUUACAACACCAAGACAAUAUUAUUGUGAUCGAUUAUGCACUCAUUUACCAAAUGUGGUGGAAAUUUUUCAUCAACAUGGCAAUGAUGGGGACUUUACAGCCUACCUCACUGGGAAUCACUUUUUCAAAGUGUCUAGAAAUUCUGUUUAUUGGAGAUAUAAUAACACACCUAAAACUGACCAAGUGAUCAAUGUUCACUGGAGUGGACCUGGAAAUCAAAGGGCCAAAUUCAGUCUGGUUCAGAAAAUGAAGGACUAUAUGUAUCAAAAAGCAGUAGCUGAUAUAUCUGUACAUGCAUUGGGUGGUGCUGAGAUUGUUAGAGAAGCAACUAGUCUAGUAGAGAAGUGGUACAAACAGGGAUGGAUUAUAACCAGUAAUGUUGUAAAGAUAGCUGCUUCCACUGUUAAAGAAACUUUGGCAGAUAAAAGAACGAGGAAACAUAAAGUCAAAAGAUAUAAACUGUGUGAAUUCAAGAUGAAGUUUCUAUGUCAGCCCCAGAGGAUUGGAUCCAGCUCAGUUUUGCUCAGUGUUCAAGUUUCAGUGAAAUAUUUUUAUCUGAUAAUUAAAUGCCAAGACCGAAGUAGUUUCAUGAAUCCAGUAAUAUUUGAAGCAUUUGAGAAUGACAUUGCAUAUACUUUCUCCAGAUCUUCUUACUUUUGUAUGAAGAGGCCUGAUGGGAGUACCAUUUACGACUGUGAAGGACAUGAAGUACAGAAAACUUUUCCACGUCACAUCCCAUGUUUCAAUAUGACACUGAUUGAAAACAACUUAAUCUUCUUCAACAAGAAAAGGCUGGGACUUCAUGAGAUAAAUGAUGGAUGGAUUAAAUACUUUGAUGAUUUCAUGGAGUGUGAAUUUGUGGGUGUUCAGUUGGACAUUUUAAUUUUAACUAAUGAAUAUGGAAUCAAGUUUGCAGAUGGGCGGAAGAAGUGUUUAAAACCAAUGACAAUUCUGCUUGACAGUUCAAUAUUGCAAAGUGAUCUUCCCUUUAAGAUUAGUGAAAAUCAGGAACAGUUAAAUGGAAGUUUUGCUCAUGUCGAAGUACUCGCAGAAGAAAGUGAAGAAACUGGCGCCUUUACUGUUAACAACUGUGUGAUUCUGUUCACAGUGAGCACCUCACAAGACAGUUUUAGGGAGAUAAACAUAACAAAAGUCUUACAACUACCAGGAUUGCCAGUGAGGCUAAAAUUUCUUCACAAGUCAGUUGGCUUCCUGGUGACAUGGACUCAACAUUCAAACAAGGACAAAGACCACAGAUACAGAGAGCACCUGUUUCAGUACAGUUACACUGGUCAGUUACUGGCUGUGCUCCCUUUUCUAGGUCAGUUACAAUCCUCCCUGUGUGUGGAGUACCUAGAAGAAGAUAAAGAAAUUACAAAUACAUACCAAUCAUGUGGACACAAGGGAUGGUAUUUAUAUUUACAAGAUGGCAGACAGGGGGUCAUGUGUGUCAGGCUUGUCCAGGAAUGAGUGUAGCAAGGAUUUGUUCAUAGAGACAGAUAAAAGAAUGGACUGAUGGAAAAUAAAACAUAUACAGAUGUACAGUUGUUAAAUAGAGUGAGAAUCUUUAUAAGUGCAGUUUCAAAUUUGUUCAAAUCAUUUAUCCAUCCAUACAUUUAAUCGUGUUACUGUAUCCCCUCCACUUUGCUGCAACAGGGUAAUAAUUUCUAAAAAUAAUCUUGUUAAGUCUUUAUAUGCUGUAUAUUAUGAUUGAAAUCAUAAACUUUAAUAUGAGAAGACAGCAGGAGGUUUGAUUAACAUUUACACAUUCAUUGUUUAGAAGAGAAUGUUGCCUCAGGUAAGCAUUGUGGCCCAUGGGCCUCUGAUUGGUAUUUUGUUCUUUUUGGACACGUCAUUUCCUACUUCCAUGUGGUCUGUGAUAUUUUAUUACGAAAAAUACAUGUAUUUUUAAUAAAUUGUUAUUCAUUUGUAUGCCGUCA